AGAGCCGAAGGCAAAGAAAGAGAGGGAGGGAAGAGGUCGGUCGGUGCCCCGCGGCGCAAGUCAAGAGUGGCUGGCUUUUCUCUUCUCAUCCUGCCUUCGGCGCCAAGCCAGCUCCCCCUCCUCCUCCGACCACCGGGCUGCCUCCUUAAAAUACCCGAACCCCAUCCAGAGAAAUCCUCACCCAUUUCCCCAUUCCGAUUCCAGUUCGAAUUCCAACCCUCGGCCGAUCUCAAAGAACGUGACGCGAGAAGAAAAACGACCCACUUCGAAUUUCGACAGUUCCAGGUCCACCCCCCGAUCGACGAGAGACAUGGCAGGAGGAGGAACGGAGGCUUUUCCAGAUCUAGGGAGGCAUUGCCAGAACCCGGAUUGCAAUCUCCUCGAUUUCCUCCCCUUCACCUGCGACGGCUGCCGUAAGGUGUUUUGUGCGGAGCACAGGUCGUACAAGUCCCACGGGUGCCCGGGAUCGGACCACCGGAGCCGGCGGGUCGUCGUCUGCGAGGCCUGCUCGGCGGCGAUCGAGGCCACCGGGGAGGACGAGAGGGCGGCCCUGGCGAGGCACGAGGGGUCCGGGGACUGCGACCCGCGGAGGAAGAAGAAGCCGGUGUGCCCCGUGCGCCGGUGCCGGGAGGUGCUGACGUUCUCCAACACCAGCGCGUGCAAGGCGUGCGGGAUCAAGGUGUGCCUCAAGCACCGGUUCCCGGCCGACCACAGCUGCGGGACGGGGGCGGCGGCGGCGAGGGCGGCCGCGGCGGCGGGAGGGCGGUGGAACGACAGGUUCGUGGCGGUGCUGGCCUCGAGGGGCGCGAAGGAGUACGGGAAGAAGGAGCGGGGAUCGUCAUCUCCGCCGAGCACCCCGACCGUCAAAGCCUGUUGAUCGAACUUCUCUAUUUUACUUUUUCAAAAAAAAAAAAAAAAAAAUUCUAUUGAAGCUUUGAGACUUCAUGAUUGACAUCGAUGCCUCACCGGCCUUAUACAAAUCUCUGUGUAUGUUCAUUCUGAUUUGAGGCCCAAAUCGAGCCCAAUGCACUCCGGUGCAGUUCAUUCUGUUGUCGCCGUACUCGUGUCAUUCCGUGUCAAUUCUUAUGAAUAUGAUAUUUACAUUCCCAUAA